AUGAAAACGGCACAAGAAAAUGAAAGAAAAUGGAAUAAAUAUCUAUGAUGGGUAUGUGACGGUUUAUAAAAUAUCUGCUUAGGUGAUCUAGUCACUGAAAUUGGCUUGACCAGUUCAAACGGGCUACCUACUCGGAAUUUGCGUUAUGUUAACAAUAAGGUUUUUACAUUAAAAAUCGAACUUGUCUAAAAUGAUAUAAUAGCAAAAAUUAUCUACAUAAUAUUAAAUUAAAAAAACUAACAAAACCUAAACGAAACAUUAAAUUUCAAAAUUAAAUUUAAAUUAAACGAACAAAUUAAAUUAAAACCACAAUGAAAAAGGCACCGACUCAACCUGUUCACGCCAACGAAUGUUUAGGCUCGAAGAAAACAGCGAUUAUUGUUAUCACCGUAGUUGGAUGCAUUGCAAUAUUAUGGCCAAAAGUAUUUCAUCCGAUGAUGUUUGGUGGCCCAUUGCCAAAACCUACCCCAAAGGAUCACCGUCUUCCUGGAGGCUGUUGUGAUGUCGUUCUUGAUAGAGAGAAAUUCUUGAAUUCCACCCCAUUUGAAGUUGGACCACAUUUGUAUCGAAAGCAAUUGAACUUGCUAACCGGCGAAUUGAGCUUGCGUCAAGAACGGCCAUCGCAUCUACAUCCGGAAUCCAUAUAUCAGUCAAUGAAGGAGAGGGGCCGAGCAAUUCCAGCAACGCCUACUGUUCCCAUCAUUGAAAGGGCAAAAUCUGCUAGCAAUCCGCCCCCGAGAAUCGUUGAAGGAAGACCUGGACCUAUUCCUGGAAUGCGUCCACCUAUGGGAGCAGGGUCGGUUCACCAGGCUCAACCAAAAGGAAGCAGCAUGGGACUGAUAAUGCCACUAUACACAAUAGGAAUUAUUGUUUUCUUCGUUUACACAAUUAUGAAGAUUGUCUUCAAAAAACCUAUUCCCAACGCGCCGUACGGACCAGCACCAGCUGAUCCUAACUUCAGGAAGGAAGUAUUCGGUCACGAUAAAAAACCUGAUGAAACAAAUGGCACUAAAUUGGGAUCUAACCAGCAACAAGAACACUGUAGCCGGAUUAAUUGCCAAGAUCAAAGACUUCGAGAAAUGUCAUCAUCUAACAUUAUAGUUGCUACUAACGGCUCGCAAAGCGUUGGCCAAUCAUCCAGCUAUCAACUUACAAAAUCAAACCAUCCAAUAAAUAAGGAAUCUGAGCAAUUAAUGGAAAUUGAAAAAUUGAGGAAAAAACUUGAGGAAACUGAAAAGGCAAUGGCUAAAUUAAUAGCCGAAAUGAAUUCAGAUCAAUUCCAAGCCAAGGAACCAAACGACAAAACGAUGACAAUGGAUAGUGAAAAUAUUACAAAUGGAGAAACAAAUAUUAACGAAUGUGAUGAUCUUAAUUCUGUAGAAAAAUCCGUAGGUGUAAAACAUUUAGAUGACAUGGAAAACUCCAAACAUGAAAUAGUUGAACGUAAAAAAAGAGACGGUAGCGUUGAUAGAUCAGUGGCGGUGCUUGGUAUGGAAGUUACAGCUAGUUGUGAAGGUGGCCAAAAGUGGACCGGCCGGCCUUCCACGCCUGUUUUUUUCUCUCAUCCCGAACAUUCCAGUGAAAAACUUGAAGAUCAUCCAGAACCCCAGUCUAUAUACUUGGAAGGAUCUUUAGGACACGAUUCUCAAAUUCUGGUUGCAGAUUCUGAGACUCGCACAGAAGAAGUUUUUGAUAAGGAACUCAACGGAUCCCCGGAAGAACCAGCUGUUGUGCUUAGUAGUAAAAUGACGUUAUCCUUGAUCAAUCUUGAUGCAGGUGAUAUAAACAACCACGAAAAGACCCCUGCAGGUGAUCUGGAAAGCCCUCUAGCUGAUGACAUUGAAAUAAUUGGGCAUGAAGAAAACUAAAAUUGUUUCCAAACAUUAUUACAUACCUUCAUUGAUACAUUCUCGUUCAUAAAAAAUAACUUCUUAAUUUCUCAUCUUCGUAUUUAAAGAUGCACUUAUUGAAAGUCUUUUUUUAAAAAAAAGGAAUGAAUAAAUAAAAACGACAAAAUGUAAAUGAAAAUACAUAGGUACUCCAAUUUAAGAAAAUAAUUGUUGUUUAAGAUAAAUGACUGAUGUUAUAAUUAUUAUUUGUUUAUUUUUGUAAUUAUUUAUGGAUAAAUGUUGUUUUACAUUUUGUUGAAACCUUAAAGGACAAUUUUACGUUACGUCUUGAUAAAUUUUUAAUGUUCAAUCUAUAUGUUGGUUUUGUUUUCAUUGUAUUUAAAUCAAAAUAUCAAAAAUAAUAACAAAAAAUAUCGCAAAAUCUGUAAAUAAAGGCUACAAAGUAAUUAAUUAUUUAAACCUACGUAUUUUUUCUAAUAAUGUUGAUUUUACAUUUAUAUUUCCAAAUAAGAGUACUGCAGCAUUAAACAUUUUUUGAGCAAUAUGUAACUUUUUGAAUAAACCUUUAGAAUACCGAUUUUAGUAUAUGUAUCUUUAAUAAAAGUUAAAAUUAGUAAUCCAAUAGAUUUUGAAUACAUACGAAAAUAAAAUGAAUCUUAAUUGUGUCACAACACCACAUGUUAUAUUAUUAACUCCAUUAUGAAAUAUUUCAUUAAAAAAUUAAGACAAGACCACAAUAAAGAAAAUAAAAAAAAAUUAAAAACA